GCAGUCAGAACCAUAAUGGCGACCGCCGCUGCAGCCGACCCGGGAUCAGCAGUCCCGACAGAUAUUAGGACUCAGUUCUGGAGGAGAGCAUUACAGCGAGGGUCAAGCGGGAUUCGAAAAGUGGCGUCUCCCGAGAUGGCCAGUUCUGCAGCUGCUGCUCAGAGUAUGAAAAAGACUAUUGGUCAUCGGGGUGUUGAGACCACCACUGGAGAAACCACCUACAAAAAGACCACAUCCUCAGCCUUAAAAGGUGCCAUUCAGCUGGGCAUCACUCACACCGUUGGCAGCUUGAGCCAAAAAGCAGAACGAGAUGUGCUAAUGCAGGACUUUGUUGUAGUUGAAAGCAUUUUCUUCCCCAGUGAAGGCAGUAACCUGACCCCUGCACAUCACUAUAGUGACUUUCGCUUCAAGACCUACGCCCCGAUUGCCUUCCGUUACUUCAGAGAACUGUUUGGUAUUCGACCAGACGACUACCUGUACUCUUUGUGUAACGAUGGACUGAUCGAGCUGUCCAACUCGGGCGCCAGCGGAUCCCUAUUCUACGUCUCCAGUGACGACGAGUUCAUCAUCAAGACUGUGCAGCACAAGGAGGCAGAGUUUCUGCAGAAACUCCUGCCAGGAUACUUCAUGAAUCUGAACCAGAACAAGCGGACUCUGCUGCCGAAGUUCUACGGGCUGUACUGUGUGCAGGCGGGCGGCAAGAACAUCCGCAUCGUGGUGAUGAACAACCUGCUGCCCCGCAUCGUCCCAAUGCACCUCAAGUACGACAUGAAAGGCUCCACCUACAAGAGGAGGGCCUCACCCAAGGAGAGGGAGAAGGCCGUGCCCACACACAAGGACCUGGACUUCAUCCAGGACAUGCCCGAGGGUCUGCUGCUGGAAGCGGACAAUUACAAUGCCCUCUGCAAAACCAUCCAGAGAGACUGCUUGCUCUUGCAGAGCUUCAAGAUCAUGGACUACAGCCUGUUGGUUGGCAUCCACAACCUGGACCUGGCCAGUCGAGAGCGGGAGCGUGCGGGUGGGCAGUCGGGGGACAGUGUGGGAUCGGAGGGGGCUGUGACCCCGGACCAGCGCCGACCCCAAACCCAGAAGAGUCUCUACUGCACGGCCAUGGAGUCGAUCCAGGGAGAGGCUCGGGGAAAAGGGGCCAUGGACUCGGAGGACCAUAUGGGUGGGAUCCCAGCGCGUAACGCUAAAGGAGAGCGGCUGCUGUUCUACAUCGGCAUCAUUGACAUCCUACAGUCCUAUAGGUUCAUUAAGAAGUUGGAGCACUCGUGGAAGGCCCUGGUCCACGACGGGGACACGGUUUCAGUUCACAGACCGGGCUUCUACGCUGAGCGGUUCCAGCAGUUCAUGUGUAACACAGUGUUUAAGAAAAUUCCACUUAAAGCAUCUCCAUCUAAGAAGAGCCGAGGUGGGGGGCCCGGAGGCCUGAGGAGGGCCCCUACCCUGGGGGGCCCUAUCCCGCUCUCUCAGGCGGCAGGUGACCCCAGAGCGACGUACCACAGCCAUUUCAAAAGCACAGAGGCAGACGGAGACAGUGGCAUGCAGUCGGACAGACCGGAUCUCGUACCAAGGACCCCACCCUUGGCCGAGAACGCUGCUGACUACGAGGCCAACUUGUCCACUUCCUCUCUGGGCAGCACAGGGAUGGCCUCCUCCUCUCCUCUACGACGCUCUGUGGGGGUGGAAGUGCACAAACCUGCCAACACGGAGCAUGACCAGGGUGCUUCUCACAGUUUGGGGGCAGAAUCACCAGGAAACCAUUCUGGCAACCUGUCUGGAAAUGAAGAUGUGGUUUCAUUAUCGGAUAUCAUCCCCGAGACCAACAUCUGUUUUUAAAAAGCGUUUCCGGUGUUAUCCAAGGACAAAGCGGUUCUGAGAGAAUUAUGGUGGGUGGAAGUGGAGAGAAGAGCAUCCAUAGCGGAUCCAGCCCUCCCCCUCCCCCUCCAUCCAUCCAUCGUGUCCUCACCCACGUAUGCAGUGGGUGCUGCUGCUGCUGUGAGGAGGCGGGCUGGAGGGCUGUGAACACUGGCACUAGUGACACUGAGAAGCUGCGGUGGAGGAGGAGGGGAGAGAGGAAGAGGAAGAAGAGGAAAGCUGGUUUGUUGUUUGGCUCGCUGGUUGAUUGUAGGCGCUCCCCAUCCACACAAAAAGGGUGGAUGCUGCUGGACGUAAAAUUAUAUAGUUUCAUCUACAGAGAUAUCGUUACCAUGCACGCACUCGCGUCACGAGACUUCCCUGACCCGGCACAAGCAGCCAGAAUAGUCAAUUUAUUCAGUCAUCCCUUAUGCAGCAAGUUGUCAUGUUUUUUUAAACAAUAUUAUUCUUAAAUACUUUGCAAUGCUCUCACAAUCCUUGAUUGACAUUCUCAAUGUGUGUGCUGUGAUGACACGUCGCUGUUAUGAUGGUGUGUGUCAUUUCAUCUGAUGGAGAGUUGGCGAUCUUUAACUUAAAGGGGCUGUGAACCCAAAACCAGUUUUUUCGCUUUAAAAGUGGUAAUAUUUGCUGCUGACCGUCAACCUAUUAAUUUAUGCCAUUUUAUCACUAACUAAAAUAAGACCGUAAUCAAGAGAAGAAAAUGAGUAAAAUCCAAUGUUUUUCCAUUCUACCCAAAACAUGUUAACGUUCCUCUCUGCUUCGAGCGCAGGUAACUGUCUUUUCAAGACCCCGAAGUGCCUGUUAGUAUACUCCUUGGCGUCAUGACCAAGGGACACCAGGGCGAGGUGUGUUUGGAUGUAGGUAGGAUGUGGGGGAGCUCUGUCUGGGAAGUGCUGGACCACGGUUACCGAAAGAGGCUUGAGUUUCACCAAUUAUGAGGCCAUGGUAUGUGCGGAUGUCUGGAGCCUGUUCUGGGCAGCCGUUGAUUUUAAAGGUCACGUCCGAGAGGGCUAGGCUUCCAGGACACCUAUUAUUCAACGCUCAAUUGUGUGUGGAUGUGUGGAGCUCGAUCUGAGAUACGGCUUGUAUUGAUAUCCGCGUCCGAGUGAGGGUUAAGCUUCUCAGUAUAACACUAAAGUGUGUGGUGCGUUUAAUAUACAACGUUGCUCAUUUUAAACCUCAUACACAACGUCGGUCACAGAGCGGCUGUGGGUUGGAACACGCCCCCUCUUUCCUAGCCCUUUCCUAGAUCACUCAACACAUGUUUUUAAUUCUGAGUGUUAGAAGUCCAGCUGAAACCGCGAGUUCACUUGUUCUUUAACAGCUAACCAGCUUGAAAGAUGAUAGUGGUACAGCUUAUUGAGAAUACCUGGGCGGUAAAAGAGAGUAUGUGUGCGGGUUUGCGUGUGGUCAGCGUAAGUAGGUCGAUCGUUGGAUGUCAAGGGAGGCUUAACAACUUGUCAUGGACACCAUGUUUUUCUAUCGGGACACCCUCCAUCCAUUAUAGGCCACUCUUUGUAAUGGACCUUGGUUGGAAUGUGCUGCUCCUGAUGUAAUCAUGUUUGCAUUUCAAUGAUUGAAAUGUCUGAGUGUCUGAUGUCAUAAUUAUCCUAGAGUAAAACUUGGUUUUAACUAUGAAAAAAAAGAAAAGAUUGUCAAUUUGAGUUGUGUGCUCCUAUAUGUUGGAUGUCAUGGUGGGUUAGGGUCAUGAACUGUAGAUCUCCCUCUGUGCUGUGACCAUGUGUGCCGCCAUCUGUUGGAGAAUAUUGGUUAAUGUAAGGAUUAUGCAGUUGCUGGGAUAGUCCUAUAUUGUCCACUAUUGUGCCAUAAGUUCAGAGUCUGUGCCUCAACACCUUACUAAAAGUCAAUUUUCUGAUGCUGGUUAUUUCCGUAACCACAAACACUCGUCCACUUGGGUGAGGGUGUUUUAUUUCUCAAUGCUCUACUGCAUAUUGACCCCUACGGCCGACUUUGUUGAACAAAUGAAGGUCUGAAUGUCCAACCAAACGGCUGUUGAUGCCAAACAUGGAUGUCUGUCCAAGCACAGUUAUUGAUGCUUAUUCUGGUUGGAGCCCAUUUGUUUUGUGUGACACUUUUCAGAACUGGCUCCAAAAUUGCCUUAGCGUUUCCUCUCGUAGAGUAAAGUUAAAUACCCUUUUGGCAGUGUAGUUGAGGAAAAAAUACUGUUAGAUUGCGCAAGUCUGAUAAAUGUAAAAGCUUUUAUUUCUGCUGGUUACAGAAAUGAUUGUCACAAUCACUCCUGGACCAACUUGGUAUAAACAGUAUGUUUAACUUUUAUUCUUUUGAUAGUUGUAGUCAUUAGCACAUAUUAUAUUGUGUAAAUAAAUUGUGUUUUAUUUAAAUAUAAACAGAUUUGUCUGUUUUAUCUUUGUGUAUUUUGUUGUUUGAGGCUUGGAAACAAUCAGUUAUACCUUGCAUAAAAUAUCAAUUGAGAUAUUUUGCAAUCACUCGCAAUCAAUUUAGGCAAACAGUGUUUUUGAUUUUCUAAAAUUCCUUCAUGUAAAUAUGACUAGACCAUUCGGCACACCUGGUCUAUGCAUUAGAGAGGGGGAAUAAGAAAUGUGAGCAGUAGAUGGAAAAUUCCCAUGGGUCCGCAUGGUAGAGCGUUGUGAAAAUGUCCUGUGUGUUGAAGGCGGUCAUGGCCCCAAAGAACCCAGCACAAACCACAGUCACGUUGGGGCUGACUGCUUGAGAUUGCGUGAUGGUAAUGCAGUGAAGCAACCAUCCUUUGGUGAGGGAUAUUGGUGGAUUGUUGGCCCUGUGUUUUAAGACUCAAUUGAUUUUCUUUCCCCCAAGCGGGUUUUCAUGUCCUAAUGAGCUUUGCUUCGACACAUUUAAAGUUCUUUGCUCCCCACAUUCCGAAUACUUCGGGUUUUUUAUUUUGAAUAUUUUCAGUUUUUGUAGCGAUUGUUGUCCUGUCUGAUUAGUAGUGGUGUCCUGACAUUUCAUUUGAUGAAUUUAAUGUAGAAUCAUAACUAUCUUGAGUUUACUUUACUGAAAUCAGUUUUAAGUCUUAUCUUAUGAAACGGCCACCAAAGAGUACACUCCGAGUAUUUAUUCUUUAUUGCUAUGAUUUCUACACAAUGGGACUGUACAAUGUUUUAUAUACCAGUUUCCUAAACCUAAAGGCACCAUUUGUAUCUGUAGAUGGUACUUCAACCAUAUUAUACAAGAGACCUAUAAACCAAUGGCGCCCAAGGGUCAGCACACUAAAACAAACACUACAACAUCUACAAACGAAUGCAAUACUAACAGUCUGCCGUCUUAUCUCAGAGAGACUCCUUUAUUAUAGCAAGAAUGAAUUAGAGUCCAAAAUCCUAAUUCUUUAUGUACUUUUGACAGACAAAAUACUUUUUGUAACAAAUGUGUAUUAUACUCUUGACAUAUUUGUCAAUUUCCUUUUUAAUACUUUGUGGUUAGUACGCUAUGAUAGAUAUAUUCUUUCCAUAAUUUAGGAUUUUACAAUCUUAUGCUUUUCCACAUGAAUGUUUUCAUGGCCCAUGUUGCUUAUUUGUGCUCUAAUGACUAUAUUUUUACCCUGUACAAAAUGUGGAUAUGUAAAUAGAAGUCACAGAAAUGCCUUCUCAUGCGAUAUGUGCUGCCUGUUUCUCCUGCCAUGUUUUCGUUAUGUGGUGGUGAUGUUUUUCAUAUUAUCUCCAACUUCAAAGAAAUAAACAUAUUUUCUAAGUCUUG